CCUUUUUAUACAAAUUUUUCCAAAAUGAAAACGAUAAACUUUUUGGCUCCCAUUUCGCAAAUAGUUAGGCCCAUUCGAAGGCAAAGUACUUCGCGAGUUAACGCCCUUUUAAUAAAUGUUCCGCGAGUUCAGAUAUCAAAGGGAAAGAACAAGUACCUAUUAAUGACGAUUCACAUGCACGGUUUUACCAGGUUCGGUAGGACGAUCGUUAGAGGAUCGGACUCCAAGGACCACGAGCAAAUUUAUGAAGAAACAGUGGAGGAAAUGGACGACAUUGGCAUAUGCACGAAAUGCCUGGGCGGAGGGUUCAUCAAUAACAAAGAGGAUAAGAACAUGAUCAAGAUUUAUGGGUGCUGCAAGACAUUCGGGGAAGCCCCGCACGGCAGGACAAAGGAUAUAUUGCUCUCGUGGACCAAGUACCAGCACUUCAAUAUCAUCUUGCCCAAAAAGAACUUAAAUGCUUAUGAAGAAUAAAAAAAGGCACAGUGAGGGGCAGUAAAAUAACAUGUUAAUUUUCAGUUUUGCCUUGUUGGCAACUUUAAGCAACAAAAUAAAAAAUGUCCAUGGCUAAGGAA